AUGGAGGAAAAGGGAAGAGUUUGUGUAACUGGAGGAACAGGAUUUGUAGCAUCAUGGCUCAUCAAAUCCCUCCUUGAACAUGGCUAUUCAGUUAACACCACUGUUAGGCCUCAUGCUUCAGGCAGCAAGAAAGACAUCAGCUUCCUUACAAAUCUUCCAAGGGCCCCACAAAAGCUCAGCAUUUUCGAAGCCGAUUUGAGCUGCCCGGAUAGCUUCCGGUCAGCAAUCGAGGGCUGCGUGGGCGUGUUCCACGUGGCCCAUCCAAUGGAAUUCGAAGGUAAAGAGACCGAACAAUCCAUAACCGAGCGGUCGGUCAGGGCAACACUAGGCAUAUUACAAGCGUCUCUCGACUCUAAAACCGUUAGACGGGUCGUGUACACGUCGAGCGCAUCCACAGUCGUGGUUGCCCGUGAGCUCGGCUCGGGCAACUUGGUGGAUGAGGAGUUUUGGAGUGAUUUGGAUUUUGUGAGGAGCUCGGGAGCAUUCGGAGGAUCGUAUUGUGUUUCAAAGACGCUGACCGAGCGGGCAGCUCUCGAUUUUGGCGAGAAGCACGGUUUGGAGGUCGUGAGCGUGGUCCCUAGUUGGAUACACGGCCCUUUCGUGUGUCCCGAUUUGCCUGGCUCCGUUAAAGCCUCUCUAGCUGUCUUUAUGGGAAAUGAGGGUGCAUUCAAAUAUCAUGAAAAGACACCGUUUGUGCACACGGAUGAUGUUGCACGAGCGCAUAUUUUCCUUUUCGAACACCCAAAAUCCAAAGGGAGGUACAUUUGCUCGGCUGUCCAAGUAACAUUCGACGAAUUGUGGGAACUCGUGUCAAAGAAGUAUCCUGAGUUUCACAUACAGAGUCGAGAGUCUUUAGUUGGUUUGUCGUCUACUGUGGCAAUCCUUUCGUCGAAGAAGCUUUUGGAUGCUGGUUUUAGGUACAAAUAUGGGCUUGAAGAGAUGUUUGAUGAUGCAAUUGAGUGCUGCAAACAAAGGGGCUUACUCUGA